AUGUCCAUAAUGUACUUGGACUUUAUCGAAGGUACGGGAUACGGAACGCUCGAGUCUCCCACACUACAUACCCCUCAGUACCUAACUGCACCACGGCACCUAAUCCUCCGCUUCUAUCCAUCCUUGCUUCUCAACCCCAAAUCUCGCGCUCCUGACAGAACCCGACACUGCUUCCUUCUCCCCGUCUCCUCUACUUCGUACGCCUACCUAGUCACCGACGACCUCUACCUUUUUCCCCUUUCGACUUGGCAUAUUCUGCAACACCAAACUCCGUACGAAUACCCAGAAACCUUUUCUCGACGUCAAUCCCAUUUCGAAGCGCCCCACGACGUCUCACCCUUUUCAGCAGCCGUAUCCGUUGUAAUUGUGCGCGCGUGCGCCUAUGGAUUGAGGGCAUCUUUACGUUCGGUUUCGCCCUCCGAUAACAAGAGAAAUCGCCCUGCUUCGUCCACAAUCAUCCUUCGGAUUGCCCGACCUACACCCACGCCGCCAGACACAAAUGGCGCCAACUCCCACAAACGCCCUCACAGCCCAGACGCCGAAUCCAAUGGUCGGGAAGGGGCCGCCGAUAACAGCAACGUUCCCAAGCCGAAGCGCCUAGCAUGUAUGAUAUGCCGGAAGCGCAAGUUGAAGUGUGACGGAGUGCGGCCCAGUUGCAGCACUUGCGCCAGGCUUGGCCAUUCUUGCGCCUACGAUGAGGUUCGCAGGAAGAGUGGCCCCAAGCGAGGAUAUGUCAAGGCUCUAGAGGAACGACUGAAACAAGUCGAAACCCUGCUCAAGACCCAAGACCCUCCCCCCGUGCCAUCCAAUCCCUCCUCCAACAUACCUCACAACUUGGACGCAGCUGCAGCGAAUCGUAGCCGAACUACUGCCGCUCCGACUAGUUACAGUAUUCCUAAUCCCACUCUUGGUCUCGGCGGCGACCACGACGUCGACCGAUGGCGCUUCACCGGCGAGUCUCCUCAGGCUCAGAAUGCGGCUGCCCCUCCUAUGGAUGAUUUCAACUUCAACUCGAGCAUGUCAAUAGGCAUGAGCAACGCCGGGAGCAACUUCACUUGGGAAAUGAUUGGACUGGGCCUUGAAGAACCUCUUCCUCCACAGGAAACCAUCGAUGAGCUCCACCAAAUCUUCUUUGAAAAGGUUCAUCCAUCCGUGCCUAUGAUCCACAAGUAUAGAUAUCUAGCAGCCAUGAACUUGGCUCCAAACCAACGACCGCCAGUUGCACUACGAUAUGCCAUCUGGACCUUGUCGUGCUCAAUCACUGAAAAAUACCUUGACCUCAAAGACUUGUUCUAUCAAAGAGCUCGUAAGUAUGUCGAGGCAGAUUACAUCAAAGGCUAUGGCGAGCACAUGAUAUCUGUGGCUCAUGCUCAGACCCAUGUGCUGCUUGCCUCAUACGAAUUCAAGAUGAUGUACUUCCCGAGAGCUUGGAUGAGCACGGGUUCUGCCAUUCGCCUGUGUCAAAUGAUUGGCCUGCACCGUCUCGAUGGUGCCGGAUUGGACGUGAAGCAGUGUCUUCCACCGCCGAGGGAUUGGACCGAGCGUGAGGAGAGACGACGUACCUUUUGGAUGGCAUUUUGCGAAGAUCGCUACGCAAGUAUUGGCACUGGGUGGCCGAUGACGGUGGAUGAAAAGGACAUCAUGACGAACCUGCCUUGUACCGAGGAGUCUUUCGACAUGAGCCGACCCGAGCAGACGCAGUCGCUGCAAGACUGCAUGAGCCCGUCCGGGGCUGGCAAACUCUCCUCUUUUGGAGGCAUCGUACUGAUGGCAUGCCUCUUUGGCCGCAACCUGAUUCACUUGCACCGGCCUGACCCCGAUGACCGAGACCACGACCUCAACGGCGAGUUCUGGAAGCGGCACCGCAACAUGGACAACAUCCUUCUCAACACUUCUCUCUGUUUGCCGUCGCACCUCAAGCUUCCCAUUGGUCUGGGCAACCCUAACAUCGUCUUCACCAAUAUGAGCAUCCACACAUCGACAAUCUGUCUGCACCAGGCCGCCAUCUUCAAGGCAGAUAAGAACAAACUUCCGGCUUCAGUCAGUGCAGAAAGCAAGGUGCGCUGUAUUACAGCGGCAAACGAGAUCGCGAGUAUCAUGAGAAUGAUCUCACACAUGGACCUCUCAGCGAUGAACCCCUUUAUAUCCUUCUGUCUUUACGUUGCAGCAAGGGUAUUUGUUCAAUAUCUCAAGAGUCGUCCAGACGAUAGCCAAACAGCCGACUCAUUAAGGUUCCUUCUCUCAGCCAUGAACGCACUAAAGAGAAGGAACCCUCUCACAGAAUCGUUCCUUGUGCAGUUGGACGUUGACUUAGAAGCCCUUGCUAUGAGAAUACCAAAACUCAAGACGGCAUUUCCCCGCAGCGGUGAAAGCCCCGGCUCGGCCAGCGGCAACGGCACCGCCAAGAGUGGUGCUGUGUGUGACGAUCCGGAAGGCGUUCAGGGUAUCAUGUCCUACCGUAACGAGUGUCACUUCAUGAAGACUGUGGAUGAUGAUGGGAAUGCCGCCAAUGCGCCGAACAUCGUUGAGCCUGGCCAGAAUGACGAAAGCGCCCCCAUCUCUGCCUCUGCGACGACUAAUCUCGGUGGUCCAGGCGGCUGGUUGUCCGCAGAGGCGUCUCUAUUGUAUGGUUCAAACAGUACCAACAACCUCCCAUUGCAUGGAAACUCAUUGACACCGAGCUCCGGGUCCAUGUACGACAAAUCGGGAUCAAGCAGUGGCCGUGUUACUGGAUUCGGACAAAGCGAAAGCAGUGGCGACAACAACAUGUCCGGUUCACCAGACGGUGACCAGUCUAACCGGCCAACACCGAACUCGACUGCUUCAGAUCCGCGAGUGACUAUGGCAGGCGGACUCGAUGGGUCCGGGAGGAACUCUUUCGAUGCCAACGCAGCUACGACGCAAUCAAACAACAACGCUCGAGGGAGCGUAGACGCAAAUACUAACUACUUCAACGAUGCGGGCGGUUUUGGCAUCCGCACUGGGCUGACGCCGAAUCAAAGGUUUUCUAUGCCUGAUACACCUGGAGCGGAUUUUGGAAUGCCGAAUGGCUGGGGCGACUUGCAGGGACAGACGGGCAUGACGCCUGUCGCCGAGGGUGUACUUCGAUCACUGAUGAAUAUGGGGCCGAUGGAUGCAAUGGAUCUUUCAUCGUGGGAUGCGACAAACUGA